AUGGCUGUUCGGGCUCUUGAAGCUGAGUUGCUGGCUGUCCGAGAAGCAUUAAAGUUGGCUUGGGAUAAAGGGCUUAAGAGGGUUAUCGUGGAAUCUGAUUCGGAGAGCGUGGUCAACAGAAUUCGCAAUCAACUAACCCGUCAACCCAAGAAUCAGAUUGAGGCCGUGAUAUUGGAAUGUCAAAGCUAUGUUAGUCGGGAAUGGAAUUGCUUCCUUCAGCAUACUCACAGGGAAGGCAACUUUGCUGCCGACGCAUUAACGAAGAUAAUAAUAUCAGAAUCAUUUGAUUUGCACGUUUUCAACCAUCCUCCAAAAUCAUUAUCCUUGAUUCUAUUGGCUGAUAAGAUCGGCAUGGCAGUGCCCCGACAUGGUGCUUUGGAUCGAAAUCAGAUAGGGCAUUUGAAGGUGCUGAAACGAGAGUUGUUGGCAAGAAACCUCCACUGGUACUGA